AUGGCACAGAAGGGAUUAAAAAGCACCAACCACAUGCAGCAAAAACACUGCAUUCAUGCAAAAGUCUGUAUUAUUGUCAGUUUUUAUUGCAAAUAUUGAAUCCCUUCUUGGGACAAAAUAUGAGAUAAAACCAAAUUUAGAAAUUAAAUUUAGUGGAAACUGCUCAUUCAUCUUAACCAUAGAGCACAAUCGCCAGGUAAAGUAUUUACAGGAUAUAUAUGUUAUGAGUACCUUGGUAAUUCUUACAUGUUCCAGGAAUGGGUGGACCAAAGGCCAAGGCUCCAGUAUUAUUGUGUUUUUUUUUAACUGAAUUUUUUGUUCUUAAAUUCCUUAAUUUUUUUUGUAAUUUUCAGUCAUUUUUAUGUUCCAUUUUGGUUUUAGAAACCACAGUUGAAAAUAAAGUAAAACUACUGUAAUUCAUCAUAUGUUGUCAUAAUUUGAUCUAUUUUUAAUGACAAAUCCUUUUUAUUAGGUAUAUUAUACCGGGUAAAAAUUUCACAGCAAAUGUGAUGGUGUAACUUUUUAUAGCGAUAAUGUUCUAGGGUUAAUCAAGUAGACUUGUUUGUAAAAGGGAACUUUUCAAUGUGUGAACAGGGUCAGGACGACAUGCGGCAGGACGCAGUGAUGCAGCAGGUCUUCAGCAUGUGCUCCAUGCUGCUGCAGCGCAACAAGGACACUCGGAAGAGGAAGCUCAACAUCCGAAGAUACAAGGUGGUGCCGUUCUCGCAGCGCAGCGGCGUGUUGGAGUGGUGCUCCGGCACCAUGCCCAUCGGGGAGUUUCUAGCAGAUCCGAACAAAGGCGCCCACAAACGCUUCCGACCUCAGGACUGGACUAACUUGGCCUGCCGUAAAAAAAUGAUGGAGGCUCAGAGUCUGGGGUUCGACUACAGGCUGGAGGCCUACAUGAAUGUGUGCAAAAACUUCCGGCCGGUCUUCAGGUAUUUCUGCAUGGAGCGAUUCCUGGACCCUGCGCUGUGGAUGGAGAGGCGGCUGGCUUACACCCGCAGCGUUGCCACUUCUUCUAUAGUUGGCUACAUUGUUGGUCUGGGCGACAGACACAUCCAGAACAUUCUGAUCGACGAGCAGACGGCUGAACUGGUGCACAUCGAUUUAGGAGUUGCCUUUGAGCAGGGGAAGAUCCUCCCCACCCCUGAGACGGUUCCUUUCAGGCUCUCCAGAGACAUCGUGGACGGGAUGGGCAUCACAGGAGUGGAGGGAGUUUUCAGGAGAUGCUGUGAGAAGACGAUGGAAGUGAUGAGGAGCUCUCAAGAGGCUCUGCUGACUAUUGUGGAGGUGCUGCUGUACGACCCUCUGUUUGAUUGGACCAUGAACCCUCUGAAGGCCUUCCACCUGCAGCACGACGAGCAGCAGGAGCUCAACGCUACUCUUGGCUCCACAAUGGGAGGCGUCGACAUCGACAACCACCAUAAAUCCAGCGACAGUCAGAGCUUUAACAAGGUGGCAGAGCGGGUUUUGCUGCGCCUGCAGGAGAAGCUGAAGGGGGUGGAGGAUGGAGCGGUGCUGAGUGUGGGCGGACAGGUCAACCUGCUCAUUCAGCAAGCCAUGGACCCCAAAAACCUCAGCAGACUCUUCCCAGGGUGGCAGGCCUGGGUGUAGAGCAGUGAUACUUAAGAAGCCACUGUGAUGGAUCAGCUCCACCAGAGACAGCCUUUGCACUUUAUUGUGAAAGGUCAAGUAAGAUGCGGUUUAAAGAAGGAUUUUUCUGUAAUGUCUGUUUUUUUUUAAAUCCAGUUCCAUGUGAGCUCUCUGUUUACUAUAAACGUAUUAGUUAUUGCUCACUGUGAAGAGUCUGUUUUGCUUUUGUCAAAUGGCUUUAAAAUUUUGAUGAGUUGCAGAUUAUCUAAAAAAAAAGUGAAGAUUGUGAUGGUUAUACAGUUUCAGCUGAGAUAUGACCUCAUCCUGGAAUCAGUGAAAAUAUGUUCCUGGGUCAAGCAUUUUCUCCAAGAAAAAUCUAUUAAUUUAAAGGGUCAUUUCCAGAGAGAUCGUUUUUACUGUGAAUAAGACGGAUUUCCUUUAACAUCACUGAGUUGAAAUUAUUGCAAACAUGAAAACAGACCAUUAGUUACACAACCUUGAAAAGUUGGAAAGUCCUCAUCUAGAACAACAAAAGUCAGUGAGAUUAAAACAGUUUUUUGCAUUUUUGCAUCACAAACUAAUUGGACCUGCUUUUAUUUUGAUGCACUGUGGCACCUUACACUGAAUUAUGUGAACUAGUGAUGGGUUGAUGAGUAUAACAAUCUUAACUAUUUGAUUUUGUUCAUAUAAUCAUCAAUGGUUAAGGAUACAAUUCAUAGUGGAUAUUGAUUUAUUUUCUACAAUCUGAUUCCUUGACUCAAAAUAGAUCCAGGACAUUUUCCAGAUUCCUUGUAUUUCUUCAAGAUAAUAAGCCAAAUAUGUGCAAAAACAAGUAAACAAUGUCAAAUCCAUUCACAUUUUAGUUUCAUAAAGUUCAGGCCACUGUUGUUUUCUACAUUGAAAUAGUCCAAAGGGAACAUUAUUAGAACAUUCUACCACACUGUAUGAUCACAUCUUUAAUUCAUAGUGUUUCUACACAUUGAACUGUAAUGGUGGUUGAUCAUUUUUUUGUUGUCAUCACUGUUUUUACAUAAACUUACCAUGUCUCCAUUCAAA